CCUAACAGAUCAAAUGGGGGUCCAUCGCGGACUACGUCUCCCAGAAGGCUGUGCGGGCGGAGGUGACGUCGGACCGGAUCGAUGUCUGAUGUUGUGGAAGUGAACACCAGUCCACUGGAAGCAAGUAAUGGAGAAACAAUUGAACCAUCUUCCAAGAAGCUAAAAACUGAGUCUGCUACUGAGAUAUUUCAGAAAGAAAUAAUUGAACAGGAAUCUGAGCAGCAAAAUGAAAAGGAUAUUCCUUCGCAGUGCAGCACUGAAAACUCAGAGGAAGAAGGUAAUGAAAAAAAUUCCUCAACAACAUCUAGCGAGCAGAAAGAUGAAAACGAUAAACAUUGUAAUCGGAGUGAACCCAUCACAGUACCUGAAAAGAAACCUGAGUUUGAAAAUGAAUUGAGUCUCUUUUAUGAAGAAUUGGAAAAAAUUGAAAAUGAAACUAUUGAUGAAAGUGUUCAUGGUUCAAUGAUUUGCGAACAAAGUUCUAAAAAUGGUGCAAUGGACCAUGAGAGAGAAAAUAACACUGGUAGGAAAAGUGAACGUAGGCUGCCUAAGAAACCUAAGACGACUAUUAAAGGUGCUCUACGGGACGGUAUUGAACGGUACCUGGAUAAUGGAGCAAAUGAAUAUCAGAAUUGGAGCAAUUCAGAAAUUGCCUCUAAUGUACAUUCACAAUCUGUCCAUUGGAAUAAUACCAGACCCCUCUCGAGGGCUCAUCAGAGCCAGGCACAAGCAUUCAUAGUACCUCGGGGACCACCUUUACCAAGAUUCAAUAUGCAAUUAAAUUAUCAACGAAGCAAUGUCCCACCAGUGCGAAUGUUGCCUUACUCUAAUGAUGGAAGGCUUUUAAAUAACGGACAUAGCAGCAGUGAUUGGAACAGUGCAUUGUUUGCAUCAGACAAUCGGAUUCGUAUUAUGUCACAACUUCCUUUUGGUGACUAUGGUCCACAGCUUGGACACACUUUACACGACUAUGGUCCUGAGCACAGGACAAAGUUCCAGUCAAGAUUGUAUCAACAAUACCAGCAACCAGAGCAACUUUUAAGACUGCGUAAUAUGUGGUAUAACUACAAGGUCCUCAUAUUUAUGCGUGGCCUACCAGGCUCUGGAAAAACCACACUAUCACAGGAUAUAUUAGCCCAGAAUCCUAGUGGUGUGGUGUUAACCACAGAUGAUUAUUUCCUUCGGGAUGGAAGUUACUGGUUUAACUCCAGUUUGCUUGGCGAAGCUCAUGAAUGGAAUCAGGAAAGAGCUAAACAAAUUAUGGAUGAAGGUGUGACACCUGUAAUUAUAGAUAAUACAAAUAUCCAAGCGUGGGAAAUGAAGCCAUAUGUGGAAAUGGCUGCAGACCGAGGUUACCGGGUGGAUUUUCAGGAGCCAGAUACAUGGUGGAAAUUUGAUGUUUCAGAGCUGGAAAAGAGGAAUAAACAUCGAGUUCCACGUGAGAAGAUUAUUCAAAUGAUGGAACGUUUUGAACAUCCCAUAUCUUCAGAGAUUGUGUUGAACUCCGUGGAACCUCUGCACACAAACAAAAUUUUUCCAAAGCCCCCUCCAAACCACAGUCAGAGGUGGGGAGGACCUAUUGACUCUAGUCCAUCUAUUGGUAUGAGUUACAGAUAGCAUGAGACUGGUUCACAAACUAGUUACAUCAAUGACACCAUCAUAUGCAAAAUAAUUAUCUUUUCCACCCAGCACUUGGUAUGGGUGAGCAAUGUUUUAAUGAUUUGUACCAAUUACUUUUUAUAUAUUCCUUGAACAUGCUGAUUUAAUUAAUAGAGGUAGUAGGACAUUUUUAACGUUUCUCCCUACUCCCCAAAGCUUUGAAUUUAUUUUUCUAUAGGUAAAUGAUGCACCAUGGGGAAGAUUCAGAAAACAGUUUACAGAUCCAUAUAUCUGAGGAAUAACAUUUAACUGAUUUAGAUCAUCUUCAGAGUAUAAAUUGUUUCCAGUUUUUUACAGAAUUUUUACUGUGCUGUCAAGUAAUAGUUUUGAUGAUGUCUGUGUAUGAAAGAGUAAAUCAUAAUGGAGGGCAGGGUAAACUACACGUAAAGCUUGGCUUCAACGUUUUUUUAUUCAGUUGAUAUAUUUUUUUAAAAAGUUAUUGACGAUAUUUUGAACUGAAGAUAAUCAUGUGUUCAUAUGAAGAAUUUGUUUCAACAAUGUUACAGAAGAUAUGAAUGAUACUUGCUCAGCAAUUGAACACAACUCUUGCUGAUGAGAUCUGGAGCUGGAUUUUAUAGUUAUAUGAAUCCUUGCUAGUAACCCACUUUUCCCAUUUGGUGCAACAUAUGAUUGGAGGAUUGAUCUUAGUAGCUGAUGAAUACUUGAGGUUGAAUCAUAUUUUUCCUAUUAAUAUUUAUGAUUUUUUAAAAAACAUAUAUAAUAGCCAGCCUGCAGUUUGCUUCCUUGUGUCUACAGUAUCCAUGUUCUUAUCCAAGUGCAAAGGUGAAGAUAACUGAAUGGGCUGUCAUUGUAACAAUUGAAGUGCUUUCUUCAACUGGCACCGUUGUAUAUGUUGCUGCAGAGCUAAUUUCUUGGCAAACCAUUGAUUUACUUCAUCGCACACUAAAACAUUGUGGAGAAAAAACAUAUUUUCGGUCAUUCUCUGUAGGUGCAUGCCUCCAGCUUGCCUGGUGGAGAAAUUUAUAGAGGUUGAAGCAAUAGAGAUGCAAGGAGUAGUGUUGUAUUAAAACAGCAAUAUUGGCCUGACCAUAAGCGUGCAAUAUGUUCACAGUUCUUAAUUGCUCAAGAGGAGGAUUUUCUUAAUAUUAGUUUCAAACAAUAAGGUAUUCUGGUUAACAUAUGAAAUGCCUAGUUCUGAGGAUCUUGUGACUAAAGAUUUUUAAAAUCGGGUCCAUGUAGCAUACUUAAUAUUUAUGAAAAAAUUCAAGUGAUGAAAACUAACUCAAUCUUUCUGAAGAAAUAUUUGGAAGAAUUUGUAAAUCUUUUGAAUCUGCCUUUCAGGUAUGCAAACAAAACAAAGCAGUAAAUUUUCUUCAAACUACUAUUGAUCUUGCCACACAGCCAAUAUUUUAUCAAAUAGUACGUCAGGGCCUUCACAAAGCCUAUAUUUAAGUAGUUAUUCAUUUGAGAGUGAAGACCAAUCUAAUCGUACAUUUAAUUAUUAUAAUAAU